ACAUCAGUAAUGAUAUUGGCCGGAUCAUUUUCUAUUUUAAUGAUUGGAAAUAUAAUCGUAGCAUAUUAUUUGAAUAGAAAAUUUCAAAUUGAAUCAUUACCAAUAACAUGGAUUAUAUUGGAAAUAUUAACGCAUUUUGCUAUAUUUAAUCUAAUAAUAUCUGUAUUAAUUUUAUUAAAAAUAAAUCCAAAUGUAUUAUUAGAUUCAGAUAAACGUGCAAAUUGGCAACCAAAUAUGGAUGGUUAUCCAUUACAUUUAUCAAGUACAAUUAGUGAAUAUCUAUUUUUCAUUAUACAUUCAAUAGUAUUUUUAAUAUUUGCUAAACGUUUUUAUCAAUUUAAACAUUGGGAUAAAAUACUUUUUAAAUUAAUUUCAAAUUAA